AUGUCGGACCCUCUCAAAACCAAGGCGACGAAGCCUCGCCGCAUUGACUUCUUCGGCUCUAAGCCCGCGGGCGGCCUAGUGAACGAGUACAAUUACACAGAUGUUCCCAGCAAGCUGCUGUUCUGGGAUAUCUACUACAUCUUCUACUAUGCGUGGUCGAUACCCCUCGUCAUCCAGCCCCUGAGGCCGCAAGAUGGAAACCGCUUCGACGAGCUGGCGUGGGGCUGGAAAAACGCGUACUGCGUGGUAAUCCAUAUUGUUCUGAUAGUCAUGCAGCUCGGCUUCCUCAUGGCCAUGCCACUGGCGUUCUUCAUCCCGCCUUGGACGACGACGGCGUUUAUGGCGGUGUUCUGGGCGGUCACCUUGCUUCUUUGUAGGACGCUCAAUGGCUCCAGAAUGACGCAUAUGUCCGAUCCGAGGUAUACCGCAGGAAGGGAAGCCCAUGAAAACGAGCAGUGGCUCUAUAUCAAUGGCAUCUCUAUUGGCGAGCACUGGCUCAAGAACAACCUUGAUAGGCUAGCUCUCACCUUUGGGCGGCCAGUUCUGGGCAUUCACAACUCGACCUACGGUAUUGUCUUCGAUCUUCUAGAAUGCAUAGUCCAACGAACAUUUGGCUACGCUACUGAGGACAUACGGCGAUGCUAUGUGGAGGUGAAAAAGGCGUUGUGCGACGAGAAAAAGACCAAGGUCAUUUUUAUCCUACACUCUCAAGGAGGCAUCGAGGGCGGUGCCAUCAUCGACUGGCUCCUGCAAGAGCUACCGCAGAACUUGCUGUCAAAGCUAGAAGUCUACACAUUCGGCAACGCGGCAAACCAUUUCAACAACCCCUACCGUAGCGCCGCCGCUCAGUCCGAGGCCGAGCAGAGGCCCCUGGCCGCUGCGGUCGACGCAGCUCUCAGUGCAAAACCAACUGCCCCCACACCAGCAGCAGACCCGAAGCCCCAGGAGAAACCCACGUCUAAUAAUGACACCCCGCGCAGCACCCACCCGCCAACCCCACCGACGCCGUUCUCCCCGAAUGUGACCACGCCGCCGACGUCCCCCGGCGCCCUGGCGGGCCGCGAGACGGCGAGCAGGGACCCGGCGGCGCUGAGCGGCAACGCCAUCGGCCACAUCGAGCACUACUGCCACUCGACCGACUUCGUGGCGCUGUGGGGGGUGCUGCACUUCAAGACGGCGAGCGCCGCGGACCGCAACGCGCCCAUCUUCGCGGGCCGCGCAUUCAGACGCGUGGGCCCUUGGGGCCAGGAGGGCCACCUCCUGUGCCAGCACUACCUGAACGCCAUGUUCCCGCUCGAGCGGGACCCGCGGACGGGGGAGCUUGUUGGGUGCGCGGACACCAACGACUUCAUGGAGAGCGAGGUUGCUGUGAGGCCUGACUCCGAGGACGAGCCUGGUCCGGGGGAGUCGCUGGGUGGUGCUGAGGGGGAUGGGAUGACGCGCAAGGUGAAGGAGCUGAGUCGGCUGUGGCAGUAUCGUAAUGGGAGGAGCCCGGGGGUGGAUGCGUAA